UUCGAGAUAGUCGCACCUAUAGGUUCUGCCAGCCAAAUCUUCGAAGCGACAUGGCAGAUAGCCAACGAAUCUUCUAACUUCACCGCAUCUCUGCAAACGAAGCUGCAAGCGCUAGGCUUAGGAACUGAUGGAACUUUAGUAACCGUUGCAUCACCAGAAAUCCAGAUUGUUACUGCAACCAUGACAACGGUGAGCGUGACCUCGACCAGCAUGACGGCGACCAGCAGAACGGCGACCAGCACAAUGUCGACCAGCACCAUUACCACGUCCACUGGCACCACGACCAGCAUUACCAGCAUUACCAGCGUGACCACAUUAAGCACGAGCAGCUCCACUGAAUCCAGCACCACUACCCUGACCAACACCAACACCAUCACCGCAUCCAGCAUGACCAGCCCCACUACCGGGCACACCACUACUUUCGCCACUAUGUCCACGACCAGCACCACAAGUGUGACUGCAUCCAGCAUGACCAGCACGACUACCGGGCACACCACUUCAAUGUCCAGCACCACCACUCUGACAACUGCCACCGCGUCCAGCAGCACUGCCCCGACCACUGCCACCGCGUCCAGCUCGACAACGCGGACGUCUUCCACCGCGUCCAGCAGCACUACCCCGACUACGACCACCGAGACCUUCACCGCAACUGGGACUACGACGACCAAGACGUACAGCGAGACAGGGACUACGACAAGCGAGACCUAUAGCACGACCUCGUCUUCCAGCACGACCGCCCCUUUGACGUCCCAGGCCUCAAGUUCGACACUUCAUUCCACUACAACCACAGGCACCACAACCGCUACCGCGACCGCUACCCCACAGCGGUGGUCCGAGGUCCGGGGCACCCUCGUGCUCACAUUCGGCACCAACGUCUCCUCUGCCGAUGCAGCGGCCGCUGCUCAGAGCGCUAUCUCGCUGUAUUUGGAUAUGUCGGAGUCGCUGGUCACCGCCGACUCUGUAACCGUCAGUCAAGCGGGCACAUCUGGCAGUCGACGGGGUGCGAGAGCGCUCAGCAGCAUCACCUUCUCUUACGCAGUUGCUUACAUUGUCGCCGUGGCGGGCUCCGAUGCGUCAAGAGAGCAAACUCUCCUGGCUGCGCUGCACAAUGACACCAGCGUCAUCGCUUCGACGCUACAGGCGGUGUUGGAAGAAAUGGGCCUGCCCAGUGUAACCUCACUGCUUGCGACUGAGCCAGAAGUUCUUGUGUGGUUUCUUACGACGGCGACACAAACGUCAACCGCUGGAAUGGCAUGCUACGCGGACUCGGUGCCAGACGCGUGGGACGUGAUCGAUAGCUCUUCGUGCGUCGGCACUGCAAGCGGUUCGAGCUGCUCGCCAGUAUGCAACGAGUCGUACGAAUUGAUCGAGCCAAUCAAGUGCACCAAUGGCCAGUUUGACGAACUCCCACUGAUCUGCAUACACUCUCGGCACGCAGAGGCGCUAGAGCUUACCGAUGUCUUUGUCGUUGAGAUGGCAAUCGCCACCAAUGAAUCCGAUUCGGGCCUGACUGCCGACUGGGCCCGCAGUGCAGGAAUCGAGGCCGCCAUCAAGAGCACACUUGCCAAACUCUUGGGCCUGCUUCAGGGCCAGAUCUUCCUCAAGGGGCAGGAGGAGCUGAGCCCCGGCUGGGCCCCUGCCACUCCCACGAGGCGCCUGGCGUCCUUGCACGGGCUCUCCUUCGAGGCCGUGCUGCAGCCCUACCCGAUUGACAGCCUGACAGACCUGGAGGAUGGGCUCCUCGGCCUCGGCGUGGGCGACUUCAUCGGCGAGCUGCAGGCUGCCCUGGAGGCGGCCGGCAGCGGCGCCCCGCCGGGCCUCUCCACCGCCACGCUCCUCGCCGGGGCGCCGACGUCCGCUCGCUUCACCCUCCCCGUGGCGCGGUGGGUGGCCCGCACGCCCUGGUCGACGUGCAGCAACACGUGCGGCGCGGGGGAGCGCACCCGCACCGUGGACUGCGUCGGGGCGUGGGGCAGCGACGCCGUCGAGCUGUGCAGCGCGAGCGCCGCGCCGGGAGCCAGCGGCGUGGCCAGCUCCGAGGCGUGCGAGCAGUACGUCGGGUGCCCGUGCGACUGGAGCUGCCCGAGCGGCCCGGAUCCCGUGACCUGCGAGGGCUGCGAGGCGCAGGCGUCGAGAGUUGCCAUUGCGAUCGUUGUCACUUUCGUCUUCUGUGCUUGCCUGCUCGGCUGGCUCGUCCGGAGGAGGAGGUAUCCCAGCAGCCGUGGCUCAAACCUCCACUGGACGAGGGACGAGGGAAUCGUCGACGGAGACGCGGACACGCGCAAGAAGGGGCAGGUGCCAGGCUGUGCCACCCUGACGCCCCGUGGUGGCCAGGGCGCUCCGGUCGGACCAGUGGACCUGGAUUUCGGUGGCACGGUUGACUUCGAGUUGCAGAUCGGGGUGAGGACCACCGCCCAGGACUCGCUGCUGGUCGGGCGGCUCCCCCGCCGGGGCGGCGCGGCUCGCGGGGGCGGGGCGAAGGCCCUCGUGAUCCGGCAGGGCCUCGCGGCAUGGCAGGUCGGCGAGGACUGCAUCAGCGGGAAGACGUAUCUCGCGGAUGGCGAGAAGCAUGUGAUCUCGGUCUCGUACAGCAGGAAGGAGGACCAGUACGUCCCCAAGGUCGACGGCCAGGAGGACGCCCGGGGGCUCCACCGCGUCGCAGACCAUCCUGGCGACAGCCUCGUGCUCGGUACCGCAAGCGCCCCAAGAAAUGGUGUGUCCAAUGCGAUCAGCCCUCUCCUCGAGAAGCUGCGCAGCGCUGGUGUCAAGGUGAGUCCUGUGGAAGGGAAUGCAGAGCAGCCUCUCUUUGACGGCGAUGUCGACUGCCUCACUUGGAGGGAGCAACAGAAGAAGCACGGCCGCAUGGUGUGGAUGACUUAUGAUUUGAACAUCGAGACCGAGGAUGCGGUCGCAGAGAGGAUAACAACUCAGAUUGGCGACAAUGGUUCCAAAACGGUCACGUUCGACACGGGGUCGGCAACCAGCACAACCCUGCAGCUUUGCCACAAGGGGCAGUCGGUGGAAUAUUGGUCAGAGAGUAAACAAACAUGGCUGCCGGCCAAGAUCCUCUGUGUCAAUGGCACGCAUUACGACAAGGCCCUGAAGGUUAAUGCGUUCAGCUACGAAGUACAGCUGGGUGGGACCGGACAGACGGUGCAGAACGUGGACGUGAGAGACUUGCGUAUGCCUCUCGUCGAGGGCGAAUCGGUGAGCGUCUUCUCCCAGAAAUUCGGCGGUUGGUUCCCAGCCCGAGUUCACGGGUCGAGGCACGGUGGGCAUUCCGGGCUCGUUCACGACGUCAGGCUGGAGAGCGCGUUCGACGAGCACGAGGAGCUGCAGGCGUACGUCAUGUCUGAGCUCCAGGCGGACCUCGAGAGGUUCGCCGGCCCUGCGACGCAGGGCGGGGUACUGCCAGCACUGAGGGACAUUCCAUCAAAGCUCUUGAGAAGGCGCUACGACAGGGGGGUCCGCGUUCGCCUCUACAGGAACCCCGACGUGGGUUUCGUGGAGGCCGAGGUCGUCGGGGAGGAGGAGGGGGCGGGGCCGGAGGCAGAGGCAGAAGGCAUCGACGCCACCCAGGGCACGAGUUCCGUUCCGAAGCGGUUCAGCGCUGCCGACCAGCGCUACGCCACGGUCUUGGUGCGGCGCGUCGGCGCAGGCGGCGGCUCCCAGGGCGACGGCGGGCUGUUCGGGGCCGACGGGCUCGAAGAGGUGAUGAAGGUGCCAGACUACGUGCUGCGCCACCCCACAGCAGACGACGCGUCGGUGGGCGAUACUACUUGGUCCAUUUGAUGAGUUUCUCCCAGGCUUCUGCUUCAAUGGCAGGCAUAAGAACGGCCAUGAACACUGCCCACUCGCGCAGAUUCGGCCAGCGCCCUGGCCUGCCAGGGCGAGCUGGCACAGAGCUCGCCUAAUUAGGUUUUAGGCUGCUUUUUUGUGCAGACUCAGAAUCCACUAUAAACGGCUUGGAAUAGCCCAAUCAAACAUCGCAUACAUGGUGUGGCAUUGCAUAUUGUCAUAACUACCUUCAGCAGAGAUUACAUAUGAGCUCAUCGGCCUGCCCCCAGUCUUCCCAGGGAGCUCAACGCACCAGUGCAUGAUAUUUUCAACAAUCCGAAUUGCAACGACUUCGAAGGCAGGUCUUUCUUGGUAGCUGCUUAUUUAGCUGCCCAGCGUGUCUCACGGCCAGCAUCUCGCGGUUUCGAGUAUGACGUCUCGAUUGCGAGCUGGACGGCACUCGACCGGCUUUUGGCCAGAGUCCCACCUUGGCUCUGGCCCCUUUUUUUGUGUCGCUGCACGAGCAGGGCGCAGGCCUGGCCGAGAAGCACAGAUCUCGGCGUGGACUGAACGAGGACGCUCGGCUCAUCCGAGUCGCGGGGACCAGUGCAGAGCCAGCCUCAGAGGGGGGGGCACGCAGGUUACAGCGGCCGCGCAUGCCCAGAAGGAGUCGAGGGAGGACCCUCGGACGCGAGCAAGGAGCGCGCGAAGCGUGAGUCGACUCGGACGCGUAUCUGGUGCCGAGGGCCUUUCCGCUUCUGUGUCACGCAGAUUUCGACAUGUCUGUACGUGACAGCGGUAUUUAAGUAGAUCAGGGCUACUGCUGCAUCCCG